AUGGGAAUUGAAGUUGUGAUUACUAUCUGCCAUUGCGCCUUCAUGAGUAUUUGUGUAGAUCGUUAUUAUGACGAAAAGUCUGAUGAAGGUAGUCAGGUCUUGGCCUGUUGUGUUGGUUCCCGGAGCUCACAAGAGAAAGCAACAUCCCAGAGCCUUCCCCAGCUUCCGUUGACUUCUUCCAUCCAAGAGUCCACUUUGUGUGCAACAAUAAUUGAUGACUCGGUUAGCCCCCAAUAUGAACAAGUUACACCACAAAGACAAGCGCUUACUGUAAGAAUCUCACGCCUGCCGGUUCUCGCUAACUCUCUUAUUUUCUGUCCCGAAGUCAACCUUCCACUUGCUCUCGAUUUCACCCUCUACACAUUCACUCAGACACACGCAAACGAUGCUUUACUCUACCUUAUUACGAUCCCCUGUCCUCCAGAGUCCCAUCUGAGCUGGCCAGCCGACAACAAUCCCAACAAACCAAUAACAGAUCCCCCACGUGCAGCCAAAAGCGUCCUAGUGCGACUCCGUCACAGCAAAGCUCCUCCGGACCGAAUUGCGCCGGGAAUCCCCGUCAACCAAUUGAUGCAACCAAAACAUUUUCUCGAACAGCUUCCGCCCCAGCAGACCAUCUCCUGA